AUGUCGUCUGCUUCGCUUGCAACUCUACGUCUUGUUGAAAAAGAAGUGAUUACCUUUAUUGGUUCAGCAAUAUUUCUUGCCGGUCUAUUGGGAGGUAUAUUGAAUAUAACCGUCUUUCUUAGCCUUCAAACGUUCCGACAAAGUUCCUGCGCAUUUUACUUAACAGUCAUGUCGCUUUUGAAUAGCUGUCAAUUGUUUACUACUGUAUUACCGCGAAUAUUAGGUGCAAUCAUUGGCACUGAUGGAAGUGAUACAUCGUUCUUUUUUUGCAAAUUUCGUUUAUUUUCGAUUGCUGUUGGUACAAUCUUUUCUUUGAACUGCUUUUGUUUUGCUAUUAUGGACCAAUAUUGUGCCACAUGUUCUUGGCCGCGUUUACAGCAAUUAUGCAAUCUGAAACUCGCCCGAUGUCUCGUUUGUAUUUUCGGUACUAUUUGGGUUUUGUAUGCAAUUCCCUAUUGGAUUUUUUAUAAUCAAGUCGUUUCAGCUACAACAGGCACAACCGUUUGUGUGAUGACAAAUGCAGUUUACGUACAAAUUCGUGCCUAUUUCAAUUCGCCUGUUCUCAUUGGAUUUUUGCCCAUUGUAACCACAGUAACAUUCGGAUUAAUGGCUUAUCGAAAUCUUCAAAAAAUGCGUUUCUAUACUGUGCCGCUUGUUCGACGUGAAUUAGAUAAACAGUUGACAUCAAUAGUCUUGAUCCAAGGACUCAUCAAUACCUUUGUUCUUUCCCCAUACGCAAUUGCGUUUAUCAUCGCUCUGACUGUCAAUGUUGCCAAUAAUGCGGUUCUCAAAGCACAUAUUGAUUUCAGUGCAAAUAUUACUUUUACAUUAUUUUGGGUAUACUACGCAUGUCCGUUUUAUAUAAAUAUAUGUGUGUCACAUCGGUUUCGGCGGCAAUUUAUUCAUGUUUUCUCCAAAAUAUAUUGUAAGCAUCCCAAAGGAACACAAAACCAAGUGCAUCCACAGGCAUAG